GCGUAUCAUUUUGAUCGGGAUGACGUGGGACUCGGAAAUGUUUCGAAAUGGUUGAAGAAGCAGAGCGACGAUGAACGAGAGCAUGCCAUGGGUCUCAUGAAAUUCCAGAACACUCGGGGUGGCAGAAUUGUUUUGCGGGAUAUCAAGUCAUUUCUUGAGGAAAUCUCCACCUUUUCCUCAUUUGCCUUCCUUCAGUAUAGCUGGGGAUGCUUAACUGUUAUGAUCAGGCCUACAUAG